UACACCACGAAGUUGAUGUCCGCAUACCUGCGAAUGGGCGAGCUUGGACAGUGUUUGGACAUUUUUCAGUUUGGACCUGACAUCAUGGCGACCGUUUGGGUGUUGUUUAUUUUUCUAAAUUUUGACCUGCUUCUGAAGACAGGACAAUGCACAGAAACAAGUGGCCAAGUUUUGUCAAUCACCCCUAACAGUCAAGAACAAGUGGAGAUUUUAAAGAAUGUGUCCAUCCACUAUCAGACAGUUUUAUGGCAGCCCGUUUCAUCGGACUAUAUCAAAGAGCAGACUCAGGUCCACCUCUACGUUCCUGCAAACAGCUCCCAGACAGUCAACGAUCUGCUGCACAGACACAGCAUCACAUACGAGGUGAUGCUGUCCAACGCUGAUGAGAUCAUUGAAAUGCAGAUGAGGAACGACUCCACCGACCCAAGAAGUGGCGUGACGUUUUACCAGCGAUACCACACUUUAGAGGACAUCUAUGACUGGAUUAACAGAACUGCCAAAGAUUAUCCUGACACGGUUAAAGUUAUUCUUGUUGGCUCCUCACAUGAGAAGAGACCGCUGUAUGCUCUAAAGCUGUCUCUAAAUAGCAGGCCCAACAAGAAAGCAAUGUGGAUCGACUGCGGGAUCCAUGCCAGAGAGUGGAUCUCUCCUGCUUUCUGCCUGUUUUUUGUCCACUACUCACUGGUAUUUUACAACCAGAACCAAGCGAUGACUCAAAUCCUAGACAACAUGGACGUCUACGUCCUGCCUGUUAUGAACCCAGAUGGAUACAAGUACACCUGGACAAACGACAGAAUGUGGAGGAAGAACCGUUUCCCCAAAAAGGGUACGCCCUGCAUCGGAGUCGACCUGAACCGAAACUUUGACGCCAACUGGUGCACAAGAGGAGCCUCUGAUUACCCCUGCAGUGAAAUCUACUGCGGUGCCUUCCCUGAGUCGGAGCCGGAGUCGCAGGCCGUGGCCAACUUCCUGCGCAGCCACAAGGACUCCAUUCAGAUCUACUUGAGCAUCCACUCCUACUCUCAGAUGCUCCUCAUGCCGUAUUCCUGCACCAUGGACGAAGCUGAGAAUCACAGUGAGCUGUACGAGAUGGUCAAACAAGCUGCGGAGAACAUUAGAAGAUAUUAUAGGAAUAUUUACACUUAUGGACCUGGAGCAAAGACAAUUUACCUGGCUCCUGGUGGCUCUGAUGACUGGGCGCACAUGCUCGGCAUUAAAUACUCCUUCACGUUCGAGCUGCAGGACCGUGGCCGCUACGGCUUCCUGCUGCCGCCGUCGCACAUCCAGGGCGCCUGCAACGAAGCUCUGACUGCAGUGAAGACCAUUGCUCUGAAGGUCAUGGAGAAAAGCCAAGCAUCGACAAGUUCCCGUCAAACUGUCUGAGAGGGGCUGGAGCUGCAGCUUGAGAUAAAAUAUAAUGAAUAAAUGCUUUGAGCGGUUUGGGAAUUAUUACGCCUUCUAACACUGAAUAUGUUAAAUCGUCAGUAGAGCCCAUAUGUGAAAAAAAAAAAAAAGUGUUAGAAAAUUGUGAUAUUUAUAUAAAGAGGUAAGGCCAGAAGUGAGAAAUUCAAAACUGAUGCACAACAAUGGACAAACAAAUUACAAAAUCACACGUUGGUGAAUAAAUAAAUAACUAUAACUCCUUGAA